GCUAAACCAAGAUGGCGGACACGAGGCUUACAGAAGAUAGAGAUAACGAUAUACGAGAAACAGACCUUAACGGAGACGUUAUUCCUGGAGCUAUAGGUACUAGUGCUACAUCAACUAUUGAUUAUGACGAUGAGGUUUCGGAAAACUUUCCUCACAUGGAGGAAAUGCUUAAAGUUGCGACUGACUUGCAAGGCGGUGCUAGUGUCGAUGACCACGGUCCUUCACCAAGACUAGAGUUUGAAGAAACAGGGCCUACACAGCCAGUAUGGCAGGCACCUCCAAGCUAUAAUGAAUCCAAUACUAUGAAUCAACAGCAAGUACAGAACAGUCACUAUGGUCAUCCUGGUACUCUAGUCCAUCCAGCGGGCGGGCAAAAACUAGAGCACCUUAAGAAAUGGAGUAUAUCGACGUACAAAUGCACACGGCAGUAUCUAUCGGAAAGACUUGGGAAGGGCACAAAAACUGUUGACAAAGAAAUAGAAUCACAAGUUUUACUUUUGAGAGAAACACAAGUGAGAUAUUCACAAAUGCUACGACUCUCAAAACAGAUGACUAAUCAGUUUCAAGCUAUGCUUCAAACGCAGAAAUCCUUGGGCGACACCUUUACAGAUUUAGGAAUGAAGUCACCAGAAUUACAAGAUGAAUUUAGCUAUAAUUCUGAAACUCAACGGUCGUUGGUCAAAAAUGGAGAAAUUUUACUUGGAGCUUUGAAUUUCUUCAAUGCAAAUUUGGAAACACUAGUCCAUAAAACCAUGGAGGACUCUGUGAUGACAGUCAAGGCUUACGAGUCGGCGAGAAUAGAAUACGAUGCAUACCGAUCAGAUCUAGAAUCCAUCCAAGGUGUCCAACAAACACCUGCUACUGCUGUUAGAAUUGAUGAGACGAAACGUCAGUUUGAAACACAGAAGGCAAAGUUUGACAAAUUGCGAGGAGAUUUAGCCAUUAAACUAAGAUUUCUGGAAGAGAAUAAGGUCAAAGUCAUGCACAAACAACUCCUACUAUUCAAUAAUGCCAUUACGGCAUACUUCUCUGGCAACAAACAAGCAUUGGAGAGCUGUAUCAAUGAGUUCCACAUCAAGAUGAAAGCUAAAGAAGCUGAACAUUCUUCUUUCCUAGAGCAUUAAGCUUGGAAUUCACUCUUGUCGUAUCUGUUAAUGGAUUAGGACCAACUAGAAAAGUUAAAAUGAUUAAUGGAUAGAGGAGUUGGAAAUUCAAGCCUCAGUUCAGCCACCGAACUCUCCAUGCAUCAAAUGCACACAUACAGUAGGCCAAUCUUUCGAAAUGUGUAGCAGUUUUGAUCUAGUAACAUAUAUGAUGUAUGAGAAGUUCAACUCUUUUAAAAACUGGUCUUCAAGGACUUCAAUUUUGCUCAAGUGAUGAAACAGUGGUUCCAAAUCAUGAUCUUUUCUUAUACUUGCUGUAUUUAAUCAACUCUUAUUUCAACUUGGAGCAUAUUGUUUCAUAGUCACGAAAAUGAAAAAUGGUCUAUUAUGUGAUCUUUGUAGGGUUUUAAUUUACUUAACUUUUAUACAUUGAUUAACAAAUGUAUUUAAAUGAACACAAAACUUUGCCUAAAUCGCUUAUCAUCUGUGCUGUUCAUGCAUAUAUCUUUUCAAUAUACAUUUGAGAUAAAAAAUUCUCUAUUUAGCUUAGAUGUAAGAAAAUAUCAGAGUAUGAGUACAUUAUAAAUUCUCAUAAAUAGGUUGGACUAUCUAAGAGGUGUAUAAAAUCGGGUUUAUCAAGCUUUACCGGCGUUUGCAUUGCUAUGCGGCCACCCCAGGCAAAAAUCGCGACGUGCACUUUGCAAUAGACUGCCGUCAAUCAAACAUGUUGACGCCAUUUUCACGCGUGUGUGAUUCAAAAGGCACCAAAACUUGUCGAUUGUUUACAAGUAGUAUGAGCCAUACUCACCUGGCCUAUCCAGGCCAAUCCAAUUGCGUGUAAAUGAUGUCAACUUGUUUGAUUGACGGCAGUCUAUUGCAAAGUGCACAUCGCGAUUUUUGUCUGGGGUGGCCGAGUAGCAAUGCAAAUGGGGGUAAUCUUUCCGCAUUGCUACAGAGAUUGCAUGAUAGUUUUUUCUUUGGAUAUUCAAGAACUGAUUGGGAAGGUCUAUUUGCCCUGAUUUUUAUGAUAGGUGGUUAAAGGGAUUAUACAAAACAGUUUUCCAUAUUCUGUGAACUUGGACAUUCCAGCAGCUUGUUGUGAAAUUGGUUUUUCACAGGUACCAGUCAAGAACAUAAAAGUUACUGACUGAUUAUUUUUGAUUGACGGCAGUGAAAAACCAAAUUUCAGCAAGCUUGCAAUUACUGAGUUUACAGAAUAUGGAAAACCAUGAAAACAAAAAAAAAAAAAAAAAAAAGAUGCUUGUAUUGAUACUGUCGAAUAUAGGAAUAAUAAUUAAAUCAAGGUUUGCUAAAAAUUACACUGUAUUCUCACUCCUUUUUGGACUUGUGAACUUUCUUUGGAUUUGUUUGCAUAAGUUAAGACAGUUUACUGAAGUGAUCACGUUUUUAUUUUUCCUAAAUCAUAAGUAGUAUAAAUAUAAUAGCCUACUUUUGAGAUAUGCUUUGCUCUUUACGCACAAUAGGUUUCAAUGUGAUAUAACGCUGGGAGAAAAUAUUUAAUUUAAUAUAGUACAUAGUAUAGUACUGAAAUCUUUGUGUGUGACAAGCGAAGUAAUAUGUCUUACAGCGCACCUUGCAAAAGUAUGACCACAAUGUAUUCUCAUACUUCUAUGCACUAGGUUUUUCCUGCCAAAUGAGUGUUUGCACACCUUAUAUUUGGUAAAGCAAGCCAGCUAUGCAUUUAAAUGUGUCAGUUUAAUGUACAGGGUUCAGUUGUACGAAGCCUAGAUACCGUUAUCCAGCGGAUAAAUCCUUGUCCAGUGGAAAAGUCGAUGCUGUUAUCCAAUAAAUUUAUUCACUAGAUCUAUAAGAUUUAUCCAUCAGAUAGAGCUAUCCAGGCUUUGUACAACUGGGCCCAGAACCUGUGCAAUGUAGAAGUAUGCAAAUACGUUAAAUGUAGUCAUACUUUUGUGCAUUGCACUGUAAAUGUUGGCUAUUAGUACGCCAUUCAAAGGAUCUUUAACUCACUAAAAAUAUUUCAGUGAUAUAAUAUUCUUAACAUACGUAAGGUAGUAACUUAAAAAUUGGAGAAGGAAGUGAAUGUUAAACUCUUUAAUGUGCUUGUAUUUUGGUUUAUAUUGUGUUACUGGCUAUCAUAAAUUAACAAAUUACAUGUGUGUUUCCAGAAAA